AUGGACGAGUGCACCCUGCGCCUCUUCCUGCGCCUCAUCUACGCGGGCAGAUGCAACCUUCCCAAGGAGUACCUACUGAGCCACGGGCUGCGGCUGCUGACGUCAGCAAAUAAGUACAACAUCCUGGAGCUAGUGUAUGCACUGGACGGCGAACUGGCGGCCGUGGCGGCGGAAUCUGGGGACCUCCAGCUGGCAUUUGACGGGCUCCACGUGGCAGCAGCUCACGGCGCGGUGCAGUUGGCCGGUUGGUGCAGGGAGAAGAUUUUUGAGUGCAGUGGGGAAGGAGCGUGCAUCGCUAAAAUGAAGGUGUGUUAA